AUGGAGAGGUAUUCUCUUUCUUUGAAAGGUUGCUUAGAUCUAUUAAGAACAGGUUUUUGCUAAUGUUUUGCGAUUCGGGCGUUACCACAAAUUAUGUUAAACAGCAUUCUUGAUGUUAUUUGCUUGGGAACCUUUUCUGGUUUCGAGAAAGAUUUUUUUCUUCGUUAAACUUUGCACAAUACAAGAACCUGACGCACAAAAUGCUUUUUUUGGUGAAGGUCGGGUGGAGCGACCUUCGCUUUGUUCUCAGUUGGGGUUCCAGGCGGCAACUCUCAUGCUCCGCACGUGGACAGCUCCGAUAAACAGAAGCACAGAGUUCCAGAGAGCGAAAGGGUGCUUCCUAGAGGGUGCAACGUCGUUCCAAAGAGCGACCAACACGCACCAAGCGACCCCCCAAAAAAAAAAACCGACUUCGCCAUCUCUCGAUCCUUUUCCGAGCGUUUCUCUCAAUUUUUUUCAAACCUCGUUUUUUGGACCUAGAAAGGCUCAAAUAUCAAGGCAGAGUGGUGCGGAUAUUUCGAUGCCUUUUUUGGUAUGCAAGGCUGUCGCAAACGGAGAGAAGGCGGUCAGAGAAUCAUUAAUUAUGGUAUCUCGGGACGGAAAAAAAAGGAUUUUUUGAUUUCUUGGGCUAUGGUUUCAGGAGUUGAUCUCUGGAGUUUGAAGUCGACAAAAAGUUUGAAAUUGUCAAGCUGAUGGAACUUUUUCAAAAUUUUCAACUUCUUCUGACACGAAAAAACGGAAGUUUUAAAAAGAAAGUAUAUGAUAUAUUUUUUUCAGAUUUAAACGUGCUCAAUGUUGACAUAAAUGAUGAAUUGAUCAAUAAAAAAAUCAAAUAACUUGAGAAAAAAACAGAUUCCAUUCAUAUAUACAUUUUUUUCAAUUUCGAAAAAAAAUCAUCAUCAAUGCUCCUUUUUUUGGAAUUUCAGAGUCUUCCGUUUGUUCCCACUUCGCUUUGGUUGAUUUUUGCCCUUCAUCAACAAUGCUCCGCUCUUGCACACUCACCACGAAAAAAGAAAAGAAACCGAAUUCGGACGCUUUUUUUUCCUUUUGUGCUUUGCUCCUAAGAAAAGCUACCGUAGUUCCAGAAAAAAAAAUUGUCAGCACGCGAUGGAGUCCCUCUAAAGUCUUUCAUCUUUCUUUGCAAAUUCGAAUCAACUGGUUUGUUUCGAAAAUGAGUUUCUGAGCAAAAUCUUCUGAAUAUCAGGAAAUUAGCCCGGAAAUUAAACUUGCGGUACAAUGGAAAAUUAGCGAUUCUCUUUGUUUUUUACAGCGCACGUGCGUACGGACCAGCGUCGGGACAAAGUUUGCUUCCAUUCACAACGAUCUUCCGCAAGCUUGUUGCUGACUGCAAAUCGAGUUUUCGAAGAAGAAAGCAAAAAACAUCGUUUUCAAAGACAAUUUUGUUUUUCGCCAUUGCCGCCAAAAUAUGAUAACUUGAAUGAAAAUUUAUAGAAGACUGGAACAAAACACGUAUUAGGUUAGUCAGUCGUAGAAAAAGGAAAUUGUUAAUUUUCUUUUGAAAUCGAUAAUGUCAGUUUUUGCAAGUGAGAGAUGAUACGAAGAUGAUUUUGACCAGUUUUUUUCAUUUUUUGCAAAUUUUUUGUUGAAAAAAAUAAAGUUCAUUGACAUGAGGGGGUCAUUUUACUUUGCGGUUGGGAAUUUUUCUGAGACUUGGGCAAAAAAAUUCUUCGUUGUACUAGAAAAAAACUUGAAAUUCUCAACCUACACAACUUCCUAGUUUCCGAGGAAAAAAGGGCUAAAACCCAAAAUAGACUAUUUUAACGGAUUUUGAGAGGUUUCUUUGACUUUGAGGCGAGAUUUUUCAGGAAGUUCCCAACCAACAAGUAAAAUGAUUUCCCUUGUGAAAGAAGGAAGAAGAUAUUUUUUUCGGAUAUCAAAACAAGAAAGAAACUAUUUUUUUAUCAGCUCAAUCUUCUCAAAUAUCAUUUCAUCAGUGUUUUUUCUGAAUGAUAUGAAAGUAAAUUUUCAUUUUAAUCAUUUCAAAUUCAGCUUUUUAGAAACUGAAAGCUUUUGUCGAUCAAAAGUCAAGUUACAUUUUUACUUCUUCAAAUUUUACAGACGACCUGAAUAGAGCGUCACUUCUGUUUCUCUUUCCUUUCAGUUGGUCGCCUCCAAAUGCACUAAAAGUUGCGCUGAAUUAGAAUCGGUAGUGUAACGAGACGGCCGCAGGGGAUCGCCUUUAUGACGUGUCGCGACGCACGUGCAACCGACGCGGCCCAGGACAAAGUCCGGCGGUCGUUCCGCGGGUGUCUUCGUACAUGCACGCUGCAAACACGUCGUGCUUGAACACGCGAGAUCGUGAUGAUAACUAUUGCCUAGUCAUGUGCCUGAUGCAAGAUAAAAUUCCUUUAAAGGUCUUUUUUUGCGAUCAGUCUCGUGACUUGGCAACCCAGGUGCAGACUGUCUCUCAUAAUUGUUUUCUUGGAAACUUUGAGAAACAGUCUGAAACUUCCUGGAUUUCACUUCAAUCUUGAUCAGCAGAAAUGGAGAAGCGUAGGCUGCUUCCUAAAAAACUUGCAAAAGUUACUGCUACAUAUCGAAUUUUUCCAGUGUUUCUUAGAAAUUCGAAUUCGCUGAAUUCAAGCCUCUCACCAUAAUCAAUUUUCACUAAAUAUCAAAAAAAAAAUGAAUUUAUUUCUUCUGCUCGGAUUAAAAAUAGAAAAAAAAAAUGUUAUGAAAAAUAAUCGCUCUUUUGGCGCCUGAUUCAUUUUCCUGUUUCAACCAAGCAUUUUUUUCAGAUAUUCGUUCUUUUUCUUAGUUGUUGAAGGUUGGUAGAUGAACACAAUGACGAAACAAUUUCUGCAUCAAAGGAUAGUUUCAAGUAUUUAUUUUUAUUUAGACACCGAGAUCAUCUCUAUGACUUUUUGAAAACUUCCGUUUUCCUUCCCUAUUAUCCUUCAGCCCUCUGUAAAAGCGAGAGUAAAAAAGCAGACUGUAGACAAAAUUAGGUGGAGCCAAUCAGAGCCUUAUCUCUAGAUGUCUGCGCUCCGAUCUCCUGAGAUGUUUUUUAGUUUUUCUUAUGGUAAAAAAUUGUAGCAAGUUUAUCACGUCAACCGAUUCAUUCAAGUCUGGUACUGAAGUUCUACAGAAGGAUACGUUACAUUAUCUUUUCUUAAUGAUACAAGACUGAUAUCUGUGGUUUUUGUAACUAAUUUCGAAACCAAAGCACUGAAAAGUCCCAACAAGUAGUAACUGUACACAGUUCUAACGUGUUCAGGCCAAGGGUGGCGCGUGUGCAAAAAGGAGAGUGGAACAGGAUCGGGUCCGACACACGUCACAAACACACGCGGUUCCUCGCGCACCUACAAACAACUGCAAAUAUCUUCCGCCGAUCUCCGCAACGCCGAUCGUAUUAAUAGCACGUGGCGGCUGGAGCGUCGUUCGAUUGAAAAACCGCGCGCCGUCGGCCACUCUCUCUCGUCUAUUUAUUCACGAUAAUAGCGUGGGAAUACCCCUCCUCUUGCAGCGCUCUUUGCAAAUAUCAGAAGAUCGGCCUGGUCACUGAAAUUAGGACGAGUUAUCAGUUGAUUGCUGUCCAAUGCUUUAUGAGACAGUUUGGUCGUAUCUUGUAA